AUGGACAGAAAGCACAAAGGGAAUGUCCCGGCACUCGGAAGGCAAGUACUGCUUCUCUCAUUAUUGCCUUUGUGCUGCUGGUCUGCAGAGCAGAUUCGUUAUUCAAUCCCCGAAGAGAUGCCGAAGGGUUCAAUUGUGGGGAAUCUCGCCAAGGAUUUGGGAUUGAAUACCAGAGAACUAGCAAAGCACAAUUUGCAUGUUAUAGCUGUGGCUAAAAUGAAGUAUUUCAGUAUCAGCCCAGAGACCGGAAAUCUCUGUGUAAAUGACAGGAUAGAUCGAGAAGAAAUAUGUGGCAAGAAUCCAUUGUGCAUCAUUAAUUUUGAGGCAGUGGUAGAAAACCCUCUUAAUGUUUUCCAUGUAACUGUGGCGAUUCACGAUAUUAAUGAUAAUGCACCACAGUUCCUCAAUAACAACAUAAAUUUGGAGACAAGUGAAUUAACACUGCCAGGCACCAGGUUUCUUCUUGGGAAAGCUGAAGAUCCUGACAUUGGGAUGAAUUCUUUGCAGAAUUACCAAAUCAGCCCAAAUCAGUACUUUGUUUUGGAAGUUAGAGAGAGGCCAGAUGGAAGUAAAUAUGCAGAACUGGUGCUGAAGAAACCACUGGAUCGGGAAAGAGAAGAGAUUUUCCAUUUGUUACUAACAGCCCUAGAUGGGGGUGAACCUAGAAAAACUGGAACUGCCCAGAUAUGGAUUAAUGUCACUGAUGCCAAUGACAACCCUCCCAUCUUCACUGAAGAGGUCUACAAGGUUAGUCUGCUGGAGAACGUGCCUGUUGGGUCUUUUGUACUCCAAGUUGUAGCUUCUGACAACGAUGAAGGUACAAAUGCUCAGAUCACAUAUCAUUUCAGCAACAUGCCAGUGAAUGCUCAUCAGAAAUUCAGGUUGGAUCCAACCAAUGGAACAAUUACUCUAAUGGAGUCAUUAGACUUUGAAGAAAUGGAGGAAUAUACUAUGACAGUAGCAGCAAAAGAUGGAGGGGGAUUAGUGACACACUGCAAUGUUGAAAUCAGUGUUCUUGAUGAGAAUGACAACGCCCCAGAAGUGACUUUAGCCUCUGUAUUCAGCCCUGUCCCUGAAAACUCUCUGCCCGGGACCUUGAUAGCUUUAAUCAACAUAAAUGACAAAGAUACUGGUGAUAAUGGAAAGGUUGCUUGCAGUUUGCAAAACACUUUGCUGUUCAAAGUUGUUCCCACAUCUAAUAAUUAUUACAAGCUCCUAUUAGACAGUCUGCUAGAUAGAGAAAGUACUUCCAAGUAUGACAUUGCAAUUACAGCCACUGAUAAAGGGAAUCCCCCUCUAUCAACACAAAAAAUCAUCUCCGUACAGAUCUCUGAUGUCAAUGACAAUUCCCCCACUUUUGAGAAGCCAUCCUACAGCAUCUACGUGCCAGAAAAUAACCCUUCUGGUACUUCCAUAUUUAGUAUGAAAGCCUUGGACCCAGACAUGGACCAAAACUCGCGAAUCACAUAUUCCAUCCUCCACAGCAACAUCGAGGAGCUCCCCAUCUCUUCCUAUAUCUCCAUUAACUCUGAGACUGGAGCUCUCUAUGCCCAGAGGUCCUUUGACUAUGAGCAGUUCAGAGAGUUUCAGCUGCAAGUGAAGGCCCAAGAUGGUGGUUCUCCCCCUCUCAGCAGCAACGUCACCGUGAGGGUGUUCAUUCUGGAUCGGAACGAUAACAGCCCACGGAUCCUGUCCCCUUCCCAAGAAGCCAAGGGCUCAGCCUUGUUUGAGAUGGUGCCUCGUUCGGCUGAGGCCGGAUAUCUGGUGACCAAGGUGGUGGCCGUGGAUGCUGAUUCUGGACACAACGCCUGGCUUUCCUACCAUAUCAUUCAAGCCACCGAACCGGCAUUCUUCACUGUUGGCUCUCAUACUGGUGAGAUCAGGACAGCGAGGGCGUUCAUGGAGAAAGAUGCUGCAAAACAGAAACUGGUCAUUUUGGUGAAGGAUAACGGGCAGCCGCCUCUCUCGGCCACCGUGACGCUGAACCUGGUGUUUGCCGAGAACUUUCAGGAGGCCCUUCCAGAAAUGAAAAGCCAACCCAGCAGCCCUGACUACCAGUCUGACCUGCAGUUCUACCUGGUGCUGGCCUUGGCUUUGAUGUCGUUCCUGUUCCUCUUGACGGUGAUUCUGGCCGUUCUGAUGAAGCUUCGGCGAUCAGGGAACCCCAAAUUCCUGCAGUGCUUUGCUCCUGUUCCCCACUCCAAGGCUGGCGCCAUCUUUCCUCCAAACUUUGAAGAUGGGACUUUGCCGUAUUCCUACCAGCUGUGCCUGUCCUCAGAAUCCAGGAAGAAUGAGGUCACUUUUCUCUCCCCCAAUGUUCAGAUUGCAGGAAAUGUUCUUGGUAGUGACAACUUUGGUGUGCCUUUGACAGGCAGUGAACAAAACAAUUUACAUUUGGAAGUGGAGAAUACUGAAAAGUUUUGGGUUCAACUGAAGGACCAAGAUGGUGGGUCUCAGGCCCCUCUCAGCAGCAACGUCACAGUGUGGGUGUUUGUUCUGGAUUGGAACGAUAACAGCCCCCGGAUCCUGUAUCCUUCCAAAGGAGCUGAUGGCUCAGCCUCGUUUGAGAUGGUUCCUAACGCAGCAGAGUCAGGCUAUCUGGUGACCAAAGUGGUGGCUGUCGAUGCUGACUCUGGACACAAUGCCUGGCUCUCCUUCCACCUUCUCCAGGCCACAGAACCAGCACUGUUUAACAUUGGGCCUCACACAGGGGAGAUCAGAACAUCACGAGUCCUUCUGGAGAAAGAUGCUGUGAAACACAAGCUGGUCGUCUUAAUUAAGGACAAUGGGACGCCCUCUCUCUCGGCCACUGUGACGCUGAACCUGGUGUUUGCCGAGAACUUUCAAGAAGCACUUCCAGAAAUGAGCAACCAAUCAAGUGACUUGGACCACCAGUCUAAAAUUCCGGUUUGUUUGGUGCUGGCUUUAACUUUGAUCUCAUUCUCAUUUCUCUUGACUGACAUUCUUUGGAACAUGACACAUGUCAUAUUUCCCCCAAACUAUGAAAAAGGAACCUUGCCAUGUUCCUAUCAACUCUGUAUAUCCUCAGAGUCCAGGAAAAAAAAUCAAGUCUGUUUUCAGAAAUCUCAUUUCUAG